AUUCAUUCACGGGAUGCCACGAAGAAGAGCGUCUGCGUCACUUCCGCUUCUGCUCAACAACAAUGGCGUCUUCCACGACGGGAGACGGCGUGAGUGAUGCACAAACUGGGAAAAAAUCGAAAAAGACGAAAAACCAAGUGGACGAAUCGGAACUCCUGACUGUUCCCGAUGGAUGGAAAGAGCCCGCGUUCACCAAGGACGACAACCCCCGUGGCCUGCUGGACGAGAGCAGCUUCGCCACCCUCUUCCCCAAGUACAGAGAAGCCUAUCUGAAAGAGUGCUGGCCGCUUGUGGAGAAGGCCUUGGGAGAGGCACACAUCAAAACCUCUCUGGACCUGAUCGAGGGAAGCAUCACAGUUUGCACCACGAAGAAAACGUUUGACCCAUAUGCCAUCGUGAGAGCCAGAGAUCUCAUCAAGCUGCUGGCCAGGAGUGUCCCAUUUGAACAGGCUGUGCGGAUAUUACAGGAUGACAUGGCGUGCGACAUUAUCAAAAUCGGCACCCUGGUGAGGAACAGAGAGCGGUUUGUGAAACGAAGACAGCGGCUGAUUGGCCCCAAGGGCUCCACCCUAAAAGCAUUGGAGUUGCUGACCAACUGCUAUGUGAUGGUGCAGGGCAACACGGUGUCGGCCGUGGGGCCCUUCAGCGGUCUGAAGGAGGUGCGCAAAGUGGUGAUGGACACAAUGAAGAACAUUCACCCCAUCUACAACAUCAAGACACUGAUGAUCAAACGGGAGCUGUCCAAAGACCCCGAGCUGCGGAUGCAGAGCUGGGAACGCUUCCUGCCCAAGUUCCGCCACAAGAACCUGGCCAAGCGCCGCGAACCGAAGAAGAAGACCGUGAAGAGGGAGUACACACCAUUCCCUCCAGCACAGCCGGAGAGCCAGGUUGACAAGGAGCUGGCUACCGGAGAAUUCUUCCUGCGUGAAAGUGUGAAAAAGAGGAAGAAGAUGGAGGAGAUCAAGGUGAAACAAGCAGAAGCACUGACAAAGAAACAGGAAGAACGGAACAAAGCUUUCAUUCCACCUAAAGAGAAGCCUUUAAUGAAGAAAUCCACUAAAGCUCCCACAGAAGGCAAGCUGGACAUCGAGGCCAUCAAGGAGAAAGUGAAGAGAGCCAAAACCAAGAAACUGGGUGCUCCACCAGUGAACCCAGCUCCCGCCAGCAGCACCACAGACAAGAAGAAAAAGAACAAGGCAAAAAGCAAAGGCUAAGCGCACAGUUACAUCAGCACUGUAAUGUGGUGUUUGCUGAACUGUCCCACUGGACAGAGUAAGGACUCUGUAAGGACACGGGAAGAUUUGACAUCCAACAUACAGUGUGUGUUCGGAUCACAGACUGUCAUGAACAUUCAUCAUAUAGUCUCUCCGAUGAACAGACCGCCACUGAGUGAUGUCAUUUUUCUCGUCUGCCUCAUUUGUCUUUUUCUAACUAUUGUCCACAUUUUGUCCGGUCAAUAUUUAUACCUUCCAAAAUAUAUGAUCUCCUUCUUUAGGACUGAUGUGUGUACAGGAGGAGGCAGACUCAGUCAAAUGGACAUGGAACAAUUAAAGGAAGAUUUUUAACAACCUG